AACCCCGGUGAGGCGGUGACAACGGGAUUUUCAAUCAGCCGAAUCCAGAGAGCGUGCCCACACUUCACAACAAAUACCCAGAAGGGAAAAACGAAUAACAGCAAUCAAAGCAGGAAGGGAGAAGAAAUGGCAGGGGAAGAUAACGCAGAGUUCUAUCUUCGAUACUACGUAGGUCACAAAGGAAAGUUCGGCCACGAGUUCUUAGAGUUCGAAUUUCGUCCCGAUGGAAAGCUUCGCUACGCCAACAACUCCAACUAUAAGAACGACACCAUGAUCCGCAAAGAAGUCUUCCUCACCCCCGCUGUACUCAAAGAAUGCCGUAGAAUCAUUGCCGAGAGCGAGAUAAUGAAGGAAGAUGAUAACAACUGGCCGGAACCCGACCGUGUUGGGCGUCAGGAGCUUGAGAUUGUGAUGGGGAAUGAACAUAUUUCAUUUACCACUUCGAAGAUUGGGUCGCUUGUUGAUGUCCAAAGCAGCAAAGAUCCCGAAGGGCUUCGCAUUUUUUAUUAUCUUGUUCAGGACCUGAAGUGUUUCGUUUUCUCUCUUAUUUCACUUCAUUUUAAGAUCAAGCCCAUCUAAUCGAGGAUCAUUGCUUUUAUUUGUCAUAAUGCGGGCAGGAGGCUACUCGUUUUUGAUAAUUGAGAGGCAACAGUAACCAUUAUUUUGAUGUUUUCGGGGUUCUGCUUUCUGGUUUCUGGCUGCAAGUGUCUUUGAUGUUGGAUUUUGGAUUUUGGAUUGUUUGGGUAGUAAUUGGGUGGAACCCAUUCUGGUUUCUGGCUGUAACUAUAAGGUUUUUUUUAUCAUACACAGUUUGUAGAAAUAUUGACUGGUAUUGUACCAAGUACUCCCUUAUUAGAAGCAUGAUAAAGGACCUUGGUCUACUAGUUUUCUUAAUGUGAACGAAAGUUGAAACUAUGGAAGACAUUAAGCUGGUGGCUCUGA